GGUGGCGCUGUGCAAGGCUCAGGUGCACAAGGUGAAGGUGCACAAGGUAAUGCCUAUCCUGGGAUGUUUCUUAUGGUUGAGGAUGUGCAUGGGCAUGAGGGUGAUGUGGGAUCUGUGGGAAAGGUUGUGAUGCACCCUCUCACGCACUGGGUGAUUGAUUCAGGUUGCACCAGUCACAUGACCCCACGGGCAGAUUUGCUUGAUGAGGUAAAACCCCCUGGGAAGAUCAAGUAUGUGGCAGCAGCGUCAGGUGCUUUGCUCCCCGUGAUUGGUGUUGGGAAUGCCAAGGUUAAGGGAGCUAAUGGGGAGCUUGUGGGGCUUGGGAAUGUUCUGCUGGUUAAAGGCUUGUCUGCUAACCUUCUCUCUGUGCGGCGACUGCAGAAGAAUUCUUGAACUUUGAUUGAACCUUUGAGA